AAUUUUUUGACAUUUUGAAGUGCAGAGCAUUACGAAGAGUUCGUUCGCUUCCCUACGAAAAAUCCUAACACAAAUAUUUUACAAAUUAGUUUAAUCGAUAAAGAUUAAAAAUGGCAUGCAAGGCGAGCAGAGCACCUUUUUUGCAAAAUAUUGCUAAGCGUGGUUUAUCGGCCGUGUCAUGUCCACGAGCUGUUGGCCAAACUGCUGAUUUUGAAUCGUGCGUCUUGGGAAACAAGGUGGUAGUGGCAGCUGCGAAUAGUUUUCUGCCUGUUACCCGUGUGUCUAUUGUGUUUCGCGCUGGUGCACGCAACGAAUCAUACGAUAGUCAAGGAGCAUCACAUAUGCUACGCAUCGCUUUGGGACUGGGAACCAAAAACUCUACAGGAUUUGCCAUUACACGAAAUAUCCAACAAGUAGGUGGUAGUUUAACAGCAACCUCUGAUCGCGAAAUCGUUUCUUAUACAGUUGAAACUACUUCUGAUCAAAUUGAAGUUGGUCUACGUUACUUGCAAGAUGUAAUUGAACCAACUUUCAAGCCCUGGGAGUUGUCAGAUAGUAUUGGGCGUGUGAAGUACCAGGUUGCUUCGGUGCCACCACAGGUUCGUGCUGUUGAACUGAUGCAUAAAGCUGCUUUCCGCACCGGUUUGGGCAACUCGAUCUAUAUUCCUAAAUUCCAAAUUGGUAAAUUGUCGAGCGAGUGUUUACAGCAUUUUGUCGCAAAUAACUUUACUGGUAACCGAUGUGCUGUCGUUGGUGUCGGUAUUGACCACAAUACACUUUCUGGAUUUGCACAAAGUUUAGAUCUGCCUACUGGCAGUCAAUCUAAAUCAGUUAAUGCUAGCUACUAUGGUGGAGAUAUUCGUAAGGAUACACCAGGAGAUAAGGCUCAUGUUGCUGUUUGCGGACAAGGAGCUGCUUUAUUAAGUCAAAAGGAAGCUUUGGCAUUUGCUGUACUGCAGCAUGCUGUAGGUUCAGGUACUUCAACGAAAUAUGGCAACAUUAAUGGUAGCUUUGGAAAAGCUUUAUCUGCAGCUGUUGGUAAUGAAAACGUAUCAUAUGCCUCUUUGAAUGCUAGCUAUUCGGAUGCUGGUUUGUUCGGUUUCAUUGUUUCAGCCGAUUCAGAUGUUAUAUGCAAGGCUGUCGCUGGUCUCACCGGUGCUCUUAAAUCGGGCUCAGUAUCUGACGAAGAUUUUAAUCGUGGAAAAGCUCUGCUUAAAACUGCCGUUUUAGAGUCAUACUCAACUGAUAGUUCGCUUAUAAAUGAAAUUGGUCUUCAGGCCAUUUUAACAAAACAAAUUUUGACUAUUGACAACUUAAUUGCUGCAAUUGAAAGUCUUCAGUUAAAAGAUGUACAAGACGCUGCUAAGAAAGUGGCUGGGUCGAAACUAUCUAUGGGAGCUGUUGGAAAUUUGGGAAGUGUACCUUAUAUAUCAGAAUUGUCAUAAGUAAAUAAAACGUAACAUAAAAAAUUUAGUGAUAUAUUACCAUAAUUAAUGUGCAGAACACUGGAAAUGCAGAAAAAUUAAUGCAAAAGAAGCUGAACAAUACAGAGUGGCAAUAGAACCAAAUUACUUGAAAAUAAUUAAAUUAAUAAAAUUUUAAAACUAAAACAAAA